UUAAAAUUUGGAGGCAUCUGUGAGCAUCUUUAGUGUGCAGCCAGUUUAUCAAAGUUAAGCACAUUUCCAUAAAAGAACUAUUCCAAUCAUGGCUAACCGAAAUAUACAACAAAUGAAUAUGCAAAGCAACAAUUCUCCCCAACCGACGAGACGCGGAACCGACUCCCCGGUCGCGGAGCAGACACCGGCGAACAAAGACAGCGCGGCCCCGCCGCCGCGGCAGUCUCCCGCGGCUGAGCAAACGGAAGGAGCCGCAGAAGGAAGCGGCGAAGGCCCGACAGAAAUGACCCUAGACAUUACUAGUUUUCGAAAGCCGGGUGAGAAGACGUUCACCCAGCGAUCCCGUCUUUUUGUCGGCAGUCUCCCGCAGGAUAUUCCGGAGGAGGAGUUCAAAAACAUGUUUGCUAAAUAUGGGAACGUUAACGAGGUGUUCAUCAACAGAGAGCGGGGCUUCGGCUUCAUUCGCCUGGAAACCCGUACUCUAGCAGAGAUUGCUAAAGCCGAGCUGGAUGGGACUAUUUUGAAUAAUCGACCAAUCAGAGUCCGCUUUGCCACUCACGGCGCUGCGCUCACAGUGCGCAAUCUGCUGCCUGUGGUCACCAACGAACUGCUGGAACAGGCGUUUUCUCAGUUUGGACCAGUGGAGCGGGCUAUUGUUGUGACAGAUGACCGCGGGCGUCCCACUGGGAGAGGCAUUGUGGUUGCAAACAAAGUAGCAGCACGUAAAGCUCUGGAGCGCUGCACUGAGGGAGCACUGCUGCUGACCACUACACCCUGUCCUGCCAUUGUGGAGCCUGCGGAGCACCUUGAUGAUGAGGAUGGCCUGCCUGAAAAGUUGCUGCAAAAAACUCCAAAGUACUAUAAGGAACGAGAGCAGAAGCCACGUUUUGCCCAGCCGGGGACGUUCGAGUUUGAGUUCUCGUCUCGUUGGAAAGCUUUGGAUGAGAUGGAGAAACAGCAGAGAGAGCAGGUGGACAGGAACAUCAAAGAGGCUAAAGAGAAACUCGAGGCUGAGCUGGAGUCAGCCAAGCAUGAACAUCAGCUCAUGUUAAUGAGGCAAGAUCUAAUGAGACGUCAGGAGGAGCUGAGGAGACUCGAGGAGCUUCGCAACCAAGAGCUGCAGAGACGAAAGCAGAUAGAGAUGAGGCAUGAGGAGGAGAGGAGGAGGAGAGAAGAGGAGCUGAUGAGGCACAGAGAACAGGACGACCUGAGACGCCAACCAGAUGGCUUCAAACCAAACUACAUGGAAAAUAGAGAACAGGAAAUGAGAGUGGGUGAGCUGGGCCCUCGUGGAGCCAUUAAUAUGGGAGAUGGCUAUAACCAGGCCUCUGCAGGGCCCAGUGGUAACCAAGGUCAAAUGAUGGGCAUGAGUGGAAGGGGAGGACCCAUUGGCCCAGAGGGAACAGCAAAAAUGGGGACACCAUUGAUGUCAGAGAAUGGAGCCAUGCGAAACGAUAGAUACCCGCAAGGUGGACCCAUGGGGGGCCGAACCGAUGUUGAGUCCCCAAAGCAGCAGCAGCAGCAACAACAGCAGCAGCAACCGCCGCCAUCAUUGGGCACUCAAGCUGGACCAGCUCCGGGAUUUGGAAGAGGCAGCCCAGUAGGGGGAGUCUUUGAUGGGCCAAAUAACAAGCGUCGCAGAUACUAACUCCUCAUGGUACUCAUGGAUCUGUUAUUGAGUCCUAAUUCUUGUUUUUACACUUUGCUGACCCACUACCAUCCCUGGGACUUGGAUAUGUUUGCUGGGGGAUAUGUUGUUUUUGUUUUUAUAAUUUCUGAGCCAUUAUUUUGUGAUUGAUAAAAGAACAUGUUUUUUUUUUUUAUCUAAACUGUCCACUUUUUUUUUUUUUUUUUGUCGAAUGACUUCUCUCUGUGGUCUAAAUGAAGCGGUUUGUGCGCUCAUUGUGGAGGCAACAUUUCAGAGCAUGUCGAGGGAUGCUUCUGUGGAUAGGCAGGUUUGCAGUUGCAUUGACUGCUGUUGUCUAGGAUAAAUUUUAAGUUGCUUUAAGGAAGUUUUAACUUUAAAAAAAAAAAAAAUAAGAUUACAAAAACACAAAUACUGACUUCUCAGACGGAGUGUCAAAUUUGAUAGUACUGAUAUUGAGGUUACAGUUUUCAACAAAAGAAUGUAUUCUAACAUUAAAAAACUGCUGUCCUUAGCAUGUGCUCGCACAGGCACAGUGCUUGGAUAAACAGUGAUAACUAGUGCGUGGGAAUUGCAGAGUAACUAAUGGUGUGAAAUGGUGAUAUGUUCCCUAUAAUAACUGUCAUGAUGUAAUGAUUCAGCAAUUUUCUGUUUAUUACAAGACAAUUAGUUGUGAUAAUCCCAUUUCCUUUUCUUCACCACAAAUUAGCCUGCAUGUUAACACAUUGGAGCAGGAAGCUGAUGUGAUACUGGUGGAUUUUUUUUUUUAAUUUAUAUAUAUAUAUGUCCAAACCGUAUCAAAAAUGUUUUCCUAGUUAUGAACAGUUCCCAGCUUUUGUUUUGUGCUGUUGCUAUGUUCACUGUAACAUGCUAACAUUAGCCUUUGUCAGCAUGGGAUUUUGAACGCCUCCAACAGGUGGGCUGUCAUGCUUAACAAGUAAAAUGUAACCCUUGGGAAUUUUUAUAAUUUGACAUAAGCAACUACUGAAACUUAGACAAGUGUUAAAUCCCAUUUGGUUCAAAUAUUGCACAUUAUAUGGACAAAAGUACCGGGCCACCUACACAUUACACCUACAGGAGCUGCUUGGCCAUGAAGCUCCUGGCACACAGUUUUUGUGCUGAUGUUAAUGCCAGAGAAGGUCUGGAGCUCAGCUGCAGUUGGCGACAUUUAUACACUAUGCACCUCUGCAGUCAGUGACCCCACUCUAAAAUGAAAUGGUGACUGAGUUGCUGUGGUUGUUAAACACUUCCUCUUUACAGUAAUACCUCUUACAUUUGACCGUGGGAUAUCUGAGGGAAGAAAUUUCACAAACGGACUUGUUGCCAGAUGUGUAGCCCUGUAUUUUUGGCCAUAGUGUGUGACUGUUGGUUGUUUUUGCCUCUUCUGCCAUUUUCACAACCUACAGUACCAUUAACGAAGAAGUGCCAGCAUGUUUUCAGAAUGUUGGCAUUGACUUGAGGCAGAAGUCUUAGCACUGAGAGGUAGGGAUGAAAACGAAGACUUCAUUUCCUAAGAAAAAAAGUUUCCUGAGGGUAAAUCUGUCUCUGUCCACUUAUUUCCAUAUAAUGCUUCAGUUUUUCCCGUGUUGCAUUUUGAUUGUGGUGUUUCCUUUGCAUUUUCUCUUAAAUUUUUAAUUAGAUGUUCAGACUAAUGGAGAGUGAAUGUUUCUGCAGCUCCAGUGCAUCCUGUAUUUGAUGGUGAGGAGAAAUAAAACAUUUGUAGGAGCUUGUUUCUUUGUAAUUGAAAAGUGUCUUUUUAUUAACACUUCUUACACUCAGUCAGGAUUUAUGAGGUACUCUACACAAAUUGUAUUAAACCACAUGAAUACCAGCUGACUGCUUCUUUUCCUAAUAGUUCUUUGUCCUGUUGCAGAAGGAAAUAGCUUCUAAUCAAGCAGUAUCCACUAGCAGAGCCCCAUCCACACCACAUUACCUCCACUAUGCCUGAAAGAUGGCUUCAAGCACUUGUCAGUCUUUUCAUUUGUUUUACAUCUUACAAAUGUUCUUCCAGGUCUCUUUCCCAGUUCUUUAUUUUGCUCUAUUUAGUCUUUUAAAUACUUGUCUCAAAGCUUGUUUUCUAUGCAAUGAUGUGUUAAAAGCCAUCAUCUGGAUUUGCCUGUUCAGUGUUGAUUUAGACAGUAUCGUGUUGUGGGAACCAAUUAAUGAAGCUACCGGAUGAAGACUUGUAAAGUCCUGAUUAAGCUAUAGACAUCAGUGUGUCUUCUUGCUGCUUUGUGCUCUGGUUAAAGCUGAGUGCAGGCAGUAGUACACACCAGUGUACAAAAUGUUACUUCUUUUUUUUUUUUUCUUUUUUUUAAGCCGUUUCCCCACACAGAUUACCCUUCAGUUCUGGGAAGAAGAAUAUGUACAUUUUCAAAAUUUAUAUUUUUAAACUUUCUUUUGUUUCUUUCUCUACUUUUUUUUUUCUUUUUUUCAAAGCCACAAAGAUCAGGUUUAUUGCUGCUUUAAUGAUCACAGCACUCACUAUAAAUUCAGCAUACUGAUUUGUGCAGAUAUUUCUUUUGAUAAUUAAAAAAAAAAAAAAGCACUGCUCUAAUUGUCUUCCUCAUAAUGCUAAUAAUUUGUUAGUGUCGUAUUUGCAGUCAUUUCCAUUGUAACUGCUGUUGAACUUUAAAUGGCUCCAACUCCCAACAUGAUCUCAGCUCAGUCAACACUGAAGUACACAAAGAAGCUG